GCUUAAAAAGCUGGAGGGCUGGAGUAGUGUGACUCGCUGAAGGGGAUUUAGGGUACCGUUGGUUUUGAAGGUUGCACGUGUAAUCAGCGAGCAAAGAGGAAGAAAAAAUGGUUGAAGCAUUUCUUGGGAGUUGGAAAUUGCAGAAGAGCCAAAACUUCGACGAGUACAUGAAAAAUCUGGACGUGAGUCUAGCGCAAAGGAAGAUUGCUGCCACUGUAAAACCCAAGACUAUCAUUUCUGUGGACGGCGACGUAAUCGCUAUAAAAACCGAGAGCACGUUUAAAAGCACAAACAUCCAAUUCAAGCUAGCCGAGGAAUUUGAUGAAACCACUGCAGACAAUAGGACAACCAAGACCACUGUGACAUUGGAAAACGGCAAACUAGUCCAAAGACAGCGGUGGGAUGGAAAAGAGACAACACUGGUUAGAGAAUUGCAGGAUGGUAAACUGAUUUUGACUUGCACGAUGGGUGAUGUGGUGUGCACCAGAGAAUACGUGAGGGAACAGUGAGUGAUGAACAAGGAAGAUGAAUUCCAUGCAAAACUUUCAUUUUGCUGCUUUUUCUACUGGACCUUCCUGUAGUAUUAUGCAUUAGGACUGUUCUGUCUUCAUGGUAUUUGUUGAGUAAAGUCAGCUUUCAGUUACAAGUUACAACACUUUAACAAAUACAUUGCCAAGUUGUGAUUUAACUCAGCUCAAUACUGCUAUUGCAAAAGGUUUAUCUAAAUAAUAACAAAUGGACCAACUGUCUGGAAAGAAAAAUGCACAUCUUUAGUUUUUAAUCUUGUGUUACUUUCCAAUGCAUGUGUUGGACUAAACACAUUUUCUCUCUAAAGAAUAGUGUGGUGUGAAUGUUUAAGUAUUUCCUUCUGGCUGUUUAACUAUGUCUGUGUUUUUCAUACUACAAUGAAAGCUUGCUUCACAGACUAAAGAUAAUCUGUCUUCUUUGAAAUUUUGCUGUGUAUUUUCUUAAAGUAAAGACUGCCCUUUUUUCCGCGGUAUUGAGACCUUUUGAAAUGGUGCGGCCUUUGGAUAAAGAACAGCCCUAUGUACAAUGAGUGCAAAGGUUCAAAUUUUGGCAACUCUAAUAAAAAAAAUAUGUACUACA